AUGGCGCUCUAUGUCCUAGGCAAGAAAUUUAAGAAGCAAACCGACUUUGGUAUCCAACAAGAAAUCAAUCCACGUUGCAGCACUGUAAAGAGUAAUCAAUUUCUGGACGUUGAAGCUCGGUUUUCCAAGGAGCUGCAAAUAGACAUCCAGGAAAACAAAAUUGAAGCACGGAGCUUGAAGUAUUUCGCUCGUUUCAACAAGACCGCGGGCAACUAUAAGCUUCAAAAUGUGAUGGGGCAUAUUAGGGCCAAAGGUCACGGUGUGGUAAUGCAGGCCAAAAAUCGGACCAAGACCCUAUUGACAACCUCGUGCCCAAAAUAA